GAAUUGAAGCUAGCGUUUGGGUUGUGAGAAAUGGCUGAUUCAACCAUUAAAAUUCUCAGCAUUGUUUUCUUCCUUUUCCUUAUGAUUUAUGAAGGUUAUGGCACUUGCUCACUGGAUGAUCUGGCCAUAAAGCAAUACUCAGCAGAACGUAGUAUCCAUGGAAAGCCAAUUUGGAUGGUGUCCAUCACAAACAAAUGCUCUUGUCCUUUUUACCGUGUACACUUAACCUGUCAUGGUUUUCAAACAGCUCUAGCAAUGGACCCUUCAGUUUUGAGGGUCUUAGGUGAUGUUUGUAUUCUUAAUGGUGAUAACCCCAUCUACCGACAUAUUCUCUACUUUGAAUAUGCUUGGGAUCAACCUUUUCCAUUUACUCCAGCUUCCGUUUUUUACAAGUGUCCUUAAAUAGGUAAGAGAUUUGCCCUUAUACAACUUGCUAUUGUAUGGUUUCUUCACAGGCAUUGUAAUUGUUGAAUAAUAUAGUGUGUUUG